AUGAGCCAGGCCAACCAGACUUGGGUGACAGAAUUUAUCCUCCUGGGUCUUUCUGAUGACCCUCAAACUCAGGUGCUACUCUUUGUAUUGUUCUUGGUGGUCUACCUGGCUACUGUGCUUGGGAGCUUACUCCUCAUCUACCUGGUUCUAACUGACUCACAGCUCCAUACACCCAUGUACUUUUUUCUGAGCAACUUGUCUAUAGCUGAUCUCUUCUUCUCUACUAACAUAGUUCCCCAAGCUAUAGUCCACAUGCUGGCCAGGAAGAAGGUCAUUUCUUUUAUGGGAUGUGCAACUCAGGUUUUCCUCUUCCUCAUUUUUGGAUCUACACAAUGUGCCCUGUUAGCUGUAAUGUCCUAUGAUAGGUACUUGGCGAUCUGUGACCCCAUGCAUUACUCAAGCACCAUGACAUGGAGGUUAUGUGGUCAGUUGGCCUUAGGGUGUUGGUUCAGUGGUCUUGUAGCAUCAUUGGUGGACACUACAUUCACAUUACAGCUUCCCUACCAAGGAGACAAUAAGAUUGCUCAUUUCUUUUGUGAGGCCCCAGCCCUCCUGCCUUUGGCAUCUGCAGAUACUCACCAGGCAGAGAUAGCCAUCUUCCUCAUGGGUGUGGUGAUUCUUCUUGGACCUGUAUCUCUGAUCCUAGUCUCCUAUGGCUCUAUCAUGGUGACUGUUAUCAGGAUGAAGGGGACUUCAGGGAGAACCAAAGCAUUCUCUACCUGUGGCUCCCAUCUCCUUGUAGUAAUCCUUUUUUAUGGGACAGGAAUAAUUUCUUACAUGAUACCCAAGUCUUCCAAAAGUCAGGGAAAGCUAGUGUCUGUUUUCUAUGCAGUGAUUAACCCUAUGCUCAACCCUCUUAUCUACAGUCUGAGGAACAAGGAUGUGAAAAGGGCACUCAGGAAAUUAAUAUUAAGAAUAACUUCCUAA